GAAAACCAAAGUGGGAGAAUUGAGAGAUGGAUGAUAGGACACUGAAAAACGAAAACUAACGCUAAAACAUGUUGCGUGUUACCGAAUUGCUUUACCGAUUGAUUGGUUUUCUCUUAUAUAGUAACUACUAUCUAUAAAAAAAAAAAAAAAAAACAAUAUAAAGUUCGCUAUCGUCGUAAUGAAUUGCUGUGAAUUAUGUGAACAACGAACUAAGUGCUUCAGACAAAAAUCAAACGCCGCUAACAUCUCAAAGUCUACACACGUACACCACAAGACAAGCGAUGCAAACAGGAAAAAUAGAGUUCACGGUUGUUCAUAAAACGAGCGAAGAUGCGAAUUAUCAAAGUUUUGAGCUUAACCAGCAUGGUCCGACCGUUAAGGGAUGGAAAUCGUCUAAAAACUGCGAGUAUCCUCAAGAGUUGGUGCUCAGACUCGCCGAGACCGCCAUAGUUCAUCAGAUCCAAGUACUGUCUCAUCAAUUUUUGAUAUCCAGUAAAAUCGAAAUAUGGAUUGGGCCGGAAGAACAUGGUGAAACGGAAGAUCCGAGUGCAUUGAUCUAUGAAUAUUUGGGUUAUGUUACGUUGAACGACAACGACGGAAGUCAAGUGAAGAGCAGAGAAUUGAAAACUAUAUCGUUGCCUUUGUCCAGUCCGACCGAUUGCGUGAAGUUCAUUUUGCACGAGAACCAUCAGAACGCUUUAAAUCGUUUUAACCAGGUGAGUUUAAUCGGAGUGCAAAUUUUCGGCGAAAAACAGAGCUGCGGCGACCAAGGAAAUUUUCACGGCUCUGUUUGUGACGACUUAGCGUUCGAAAUGUACGUGGAUAAGCAGAUGGCCAUCGUCAUUAGGACUCUAGAACAAAGAAAGAUAAAAGCCGUCCAAGAUGAGAGAUUCGAAUAUGCUCGAAAACUGAAAGCCGCCAUGACAGAGUUGAGGUCAGCCGGUGAAAAGUUGGGCAAAUUGGAACUAUCGAAAAACCAUGCCAUCCACAAUGAAGACUAUGCUAAAGCGAAAAAGAAAAAGGCCCAAAUGGAAGAGUUUAGGGCGCAGAUUUUGGCUGACAACCGGGUGGACGAUCUCCUAGAGAAAGACGGACCAUUGAUGGUCAACGACGAGGAGCCUGAAGGUCUAAUGGACAAGACCCCAAACUCUGUCACGAGUGACUCCAUCAAGUUGGUCGAAAACAACGGGAUUUCACCCUCGGUCACUCCUCGAGGGAUGACGGACAAAAAAUACAAACAAGAAAUCCUUCCGGAAAAAACUGAAACAGAAGCGGUCGACGAACCGGAUGUUUACCACAGUCCGGUAUCCCCACUCCACUACCCUGAAAAUAGCCCCAGAGACAGGUCGCCGAAACUUCAACAGACCAUAGUGUCCAAAUCGAUCUCGUUUAGAAGACCGAAACCAAUCCGUCCAAAGUCCAACAAAACCAGUUACGAAGCGUAUGACGAACAAUCAAUUCCUGCUCAAAGAUUCUGCCAGACUCGGAACACUCAGGAUUUAGCGACGACACAAUUGAAUGGUGGGGUCGCAGGUACGUUCAAAUUAAGUGAAAGAGAUAAGAAACAACUUUCAAUCCCUAUCACUGUGUUUGGACUCUCAAUGGUCAAGCAUUUUUUCUCCAAGCAAUAUUCCGAUAAGGUAGAGGGUCUGAAAUCGAUGGAAGGUUCUAUUAAAAACUUCAUGGUCGACGGCGAUUCACGUCAUCCUCCUAACAAAAUUACUAGAGCCGCUGUCCAGCUAUUGCAUCGGACUUUAAGAGACAAAGUGUUCGCCGUUUACAAUUUGUCAGCCAACAUUAUACGCUUUCUUUUUUCGGAAUUUGUCCCUGGAAGGGUAUCGACUGGUGAAGCUUCGCGUAGCGUUGAGACGUUGCUACCAGAAUUGUUAGCUAAAGCUGGUGACACCACUUCGAGGAUACACAACAUAGCGAUACAUACGAUAUUAAGUGUAGCCGACGUACCUGACAUAAGGAAACUCAACAUAAUACAAACACACCUGACGCGUUUAUUCACAGGCAACAUACAUCCUAGAUUGAUACUUAGUCGUUUGGAAAUGACUGAACAACUGAUAGUUAGCCAAGGCGUGUCUUCGGACAAAAACAGCGGAAUGACGUGUCGUACCUUAUGCGAAUUCGGAAUGUCGGCUAUUCAUCACCCAACCGAAGCCGUGCGAAAAGCUGCUGAAAGAAUUCUGCUGCACGUUUACAAAGUGAACCCUCGAUUCGUUCGCAAGCAAUUGCCCCCAGAUGACGAAAUUACCAGAAGAAACAUAUUAUACAGACAGCUAAUGCAAGAAUUCGAACGCAUUGAUUUAGAAAGGAGAUGCGAGAUAAGCACGAGUAACAACAGCCAAUGUAAAUUAGUGAGAUCUACAAGUGAAAAUCAUUCAACUUUUAACCACAACAGUGAAAACAACGUGUACAAUGCGUUGAGUAGUAAAAAUAAAUUGAGUUCAAGUUCCUCAGCGAGCGUAAACGAGUUUAAUGAUAAUGGACAAAGUGAGAGUAGCUCGUCAAAAUGUCACCGCUGUACUUUUUGCAAAAACGAGUCAUUUUUCACAGAAGAAGAAUUGAAUAUUCAUUUUUGGAAAUUUUGUCCUCUGUUGAUGCGAUGUGAACACUGCUCUGAAGUCAUCGAAAUAAUGACACUCCGGCAUCAUCUACUGAAGGACUGUGAUUACAAAGAUAAUUAUAAAACGUGCAACUUGUGCUUAGAAGUGAUCAAGAGCGAUUUUCUAGAACAUCAUGUAUUGGGACCAGCAUGUGUCAAACGAAAUUCAAUAAGCAACACUUGCCCCUUGUGCUCAGAGGACAUAGGAAGUGACCUGGAAGAUUGGAACAAACAUUUAAAUUGCCCAAGUGCAUGUAAAAAUCAUCCGAGAAAGAACUACUUAAAAAAAUAUUAACAUCAGCGUUUUUUUUUUGUAUUAAAAAAAUAUUAGGUAUUUUUAUGCUAAAACUUAUUUUGUCUUCUUUAUAGGUACCCAAUUGCCAAAAGUAAAAUUGUAACUUCUAGAACUUGACUGAUUUAUUCAAGCAGUUUUUACUUAAUUUAUCAAAAUAAAAUUAAUAAAUAAAACGUUUAU